AUGACGACUCCUGCUGACUCUACACUAAACAACGCAUCCUCUCACUCCGCCUCCCCUACCCCUGCGCCCGCUUCGCAACCGUCAGCCGCGAUGGAGCAACCAUCCCAACCGCAAGGCCAGCAAAAGGCCCCCAAACCCGCAAAACCCGCCAAACAACCCCCUAAAGACAAAACUGCCACAUCUGCGUCCACCGACGGACAAGGUGACGAGAAGCUCACCCCCGCAGAGCUGAAGAAGAAGGCCAAAGCGGAAAAGGCCUCCCGUCGCGCCCGGGAAAAGGCUGAACGCGAGCAAGGAGGUGCACCUGGUGGACAGAAUACCCCGGCCGGCAAGAAGGGCGGCGAUGCUGGAGCUCCGGCAGCGGGGUCAGCAGCCAAAGGACAGAAGUCUAUUCCUAGACGGGGGUCUGCGCAGACUGUUCCCCAGGCCGAGGAGGUCAAGAAGAAGAAGGAGAACAAGAACGUCGCUGUGUUCGGUCAUCUUUAUGGACAACAAAGGCGAAAUACGGUCGCCGGGGCUGGGAAGGAGGUUCAUCCUGCCGUUUUGGCGCUGGGAUUGCAGAUGAGGGACUACGUAGUUUGCGGGAGCAGUGCCAGAUGCGUUGCGACGCUGUUGGCUUUUAAGAGGGUAAUCGAAGCAUACACAACACCGAAGGGCACGUCCCUUGCUCGUCAUUUAACCACACAUCUUUCUCACCAGAUCACAUACCUUUCCACAUGUCGUCCACUCUCCAUCAGCCAGGGAAAUGCCAUUCGAGCCCUCAAAUUGGCCAUCUCGUCCAUAGAUCCCUCGGUCCCAGAAGCACAAGCAAAGACAACACUUUGCGAAUUCAUCGACAGUUUCAUACGCGAGAAGAUUACGGUGGCGGACCAAGUCAUUGCCGGCAGUGCGGCGCAGAAGAUCAAGGACGGCGACGUUGUCGUGACAUUCGCAGGUAGUUCAAUUGUGAAACAGACGCUCCUCGCCGCGUUUAAACAGGGCAAGAAAUUCCGCGUUUCGAUCAUCGACUCCCGUCCGCUCUUUGAGGGCAAGAAUCUCGCAAGGACACUGGCCAAUGCCGGCCUCGAAGUGCAAUACUCUCUCAUCAGCGGUCUCAGCCACGCCGUCAAGGAGGCAACAAAGGUCUUCCUCGGCGCCCAUGCCAUGACCAGUAACGGACGACUGUACUCGCGCGUCGGCACGGCGCUGGUCGCCAUGUCGGCUAAGGAGCGCGCCGGCGGCGUCGAAAUCCCCGUCAUCGUAUGCUGCGAAACUGUCAAGUUCACAGACCGCGUUGCACUCGACAGCAUUGUCGUCAACGAAAUCGCGGACGCAGACGAGCUUGUUCCAACGCACCCACCUCACCAGCUAACGGACCUGCCCGAUCCCGCUGCCGCUGCACAGCCCGAGCCGAAGAAGGGAGGCAAGUCCGUGCCCUCGAACCCUAGCCCAUCUGAAUCAACUGCGCCACAAACGAACAGAUCUCCACUUGCGGACUGGCGUGAUACGCCGAACCUCCAGCUGCUGAACCUGUUGUAUGAUGCUACGCCCGCUGAAUAUGUGGACAUGGUUGUUACUGAGAUGGGCAGUCUGCCGCCGAGCGCGGUGCCAAUUGUGCAUCGGAUGAGUACGAAUCUGUAG